CACUAAUCUUCUUGCGCGAUUGUACGUGAAAGCGAAUUUCUUUCAUGUUAAUUGUUUGUCAAUACCUGUGGUAAAUAAGUGUGGCGAUUUAAAAUUUUACUUUAAAUAUUAGGGAGAGCUUUUGUGUGUGUGUGUGUGUGUGUGUGUGUAUGUGUGUAUUUUAAGAUAUUAAUACGUGAAGGAACUCGAGGACGCGGAGGAAUUCUGAGACCGGUGACGAGGUUGCGGCAGUCAAAAUGGCGGCGUUAGAAAAUUUUAAGCAACGUCGUUAGAGAAUGUCAGCAAUUUUUCAAAAAAUUAAAACCUGGACUUCUUUUCAAAGUUGCCAUGGAGGUUGGGCCAGAAGAUUUCGUGCCCCCACCAGAGUGCCCCGUAUUUGAACCGAGUUGGGCUGAGUUCCAGGACCCAUUGGGUUACAUUGCCAAGAUCCGGCCCAUCGCCGAGAAGUCGGGCAUCUGCAAGAUUCGGCCACCAGCGGACUGGCAGCCACCCUUUGCUGUCGAAGUAGACAACUUCAGAUUUACUCCAAGAAUCCAAAGAUUGAACGAAUUAGAGGCUCAGACUAGAGUGAAGCUCAAUUACUUGGACCAGAUUGCUAAGUUUUGGGAGAUACAAGGCUCUUCCUUAAAGAUACCAAAUGUGGAGCGACGGAUCCUGGAUCUCUACAGUCUUAGCAAAAUUGUGAUGGAAGAGGGAGGCUAUGAAGCCAUUAGCAAAGACCGUCGUUGGGCUCGUGUGGCCCAACGCCUCAACUACCCAGCAGGCAAAAAUAUUGGUUCCCUCUUGCGCUCUCAUUAUGAGAGAAUCAUCUAUCCUUAUGAGAUGUACCAGUCUGGAGCUAAUCUAGUGCAGUGUAAUACCCGUCCAUUUGACAGUGAAAAGGACAAGGAAUACAAACCCCACAGCAUCCCACUGCGUCAGUCUGUGCAGCCCUCUAAAUUCAGCAGUUAUGGACGACGUGCUAAAAGGCUACAGCCUGAUCCAGAGCCAACUGAGGAAGACAUUGAGAAAAAUCCAGAAUUAAAGAAAUUACAGAUUUAUGGAGCUGGUCCCAAAAUGAUGGGCCUUGGCCUCAUGGCCAAGGAAAAAAGUCUGAGAAAGAAGGUCUCAACUUCUCAGGAUAAAGAUGGGCCUGAGUGUCCUCCCACAGUAGUAGUGAAAGAUGAACCAGGUAUAGAUCUGAAACUAGAGACAUCAUUCCCCAAAACAUUUAUGGAUGGAAAGGAAGAACUCUUUCAUAGUCUGGAGCCCUGUACCAAAAUGACAAUGCGUCUUCGGAGAAACCACAAUAAUACCCAGUUUGUUGACUCAUAUGUGUGCCGGAUAUGUGCACGGGGGGAUGAAGAUGAUAAGCUCCUCUUGUGUGAUGGCUGUGAUGACAAUUAUCAUACUUUUUGCUUGUUACCACCUUUGCCUGAGAUCCCCAAAGGUGUCUGGCGUUGUCCAAAAUGUGUCAUGGCGGAAUGUAAGCGACCCCCAGAAGCAUUUGGUUUUGAACAGGCUACGAGGGAAUAUACACUUCAAAGCUUUGGUGAAAUGGCUGACACAUUCAAGUCUGAUUACUUCAAUAUGCCUGUACAUAUGGUACCUACAGAAUUAGUAGAAAAGGAGUUCUGGCGGCUUGUGAAUAGUAUUGAAGAAGAUGUGACUGUGGAAUAUGGAGCUGAUAUUCAUUCCAAGGAGUUUGGCAGUGGAUUUCCCAUUAAUGAUAGCAAGAAGCAUUUGUCCCAUGAAGAAGAGGAAUAUGCAGCCAGUGGCUGGAAUCUGAAUAUAAUGCCUGUUCUGGAACAGUCAGUUCUAUGCCACAUCAAUGCUGAUAUUUCAGGCAUGAAAGUUCCCUGGCUAUAUGUGGGCAUGGUAUUUUCUGCUUUUUGUUGGCACAUUGAGGACCAUUGGAGCUACUCCAUUAAUUAUCUUCACUGGGGUGAACCAAAAACAUGGUAUGGAGUACCCUCAUUUGCAGCUGAACAUUUGGAGGAUGUAAUGAAGAAGUUGACACCUGAGCUGUUUGAUAGCCAACCUGAUCUCCUUCAUCAGCUGGUCACUCUUAUGAAUCCUAAUACCCUUAUGUCACAUGGAGUCCCGGUUGUCCGAACAAAUCAGUGUGCAGGAGAAUUUGUCAUUACUUUUCCUCGUGCUUAUCAUAGUGGCUUCAACCAGGGUUACAACUUUGCUGAAGCUGUGAAUUUUUGCACUGCUGAUUGGCUGCCUGCUGGACGUCAGUGCAUUGAACAUUACAGACGACUUCGGCGUUAUUGUGUCUUUUCUCAUGAAGAGCUUAUUUGCAAGAUGGCUGCUUCUCCUGAGAAACUGGAUUUGAAUUUGGCAGCAGCAGUACAUAAAGAGAUGUUUAUUAUAGUGCAAGAAGAACGGCGGCUACGGAAGGCCUUACUUGAAAAGGGCAUCACAGAGGCAGAGCGUGAAGCCUUUGAGCUCCUCCCAGAUGAUGAGCGCCAGUGUGCCAAAUGUAAAACAACAUGUUUUCUAUCAGCAUUGGCUUGUUAUGACUGUCCUGAUGGACUUGUCUGCCUUUCCCAUAUUGAUGAUCUUUGCAAGUGCCCCCGUAGCAAACAAUAUUUACGAUACAGAUAUACCCUGGAUGAACUUCCAGCUAUGUUACACAAGUUGAAAAUUCGGGCUGAGUCUUUUGAUACUUGGGCUGGCAAAGUUCGAAUGGCUCUAGAGUUAGAGGAUGGGCGGAAGCGGAGUUUGGAAGAACUAAGAGCAUUGGAGUCAGAAGCUCGGGAGCGCCACUUUCCCCACAGUGAACUUCUACAGCGUCUGAAGAAUUGCCUGAGUCAAGCUGAAAAAUGCAUUUCCCAAGCCUUGGGGUUGGUUAGCAUUCAGGAACACAGGAUUGAUCCUCCUCAGCUAACCCUAGAAGAGUUACAGGCUUUCAUUGAUCAAAUGAGCAGCCUUCCUUGUGCCAUGCAUCAGAUUGGAGAUGUCAAAAGUGUAUUAGAACAGGCAGAGGCCUUCCAAGUAGAGGCACAGAAAGCUCUGGCCACAUUACCUGCCAGCUUGUCCCUCCUUCCAAGCCUUCUGGAGAAGGCACAGCAGCUGGGGAUUGAUGUGCCCGAGGCCAAAGAGCUAAAGCAACAAAUGCAGCAAUGCUAUUGGCUGGAUGAAGUGAGACGAACUCUAGUUCCUCCUGCUCAGCGAGGUACCUUAGCAGUUAUGAGGAAACUUCUGGCUUUGGGUGCAAAUGUAGCACCUAGCCCUGCUGUAAAUAAAGCCCGGGCUGAACUUCAGGAGCUACUCACCAUUGCUGAAAGCUGGGAAGAAAAAGCCCAUCUCUGUCUGGAAGCUAGGCAAAAACAUCCUCCUGCCAUGUUGGAAGCUAUCAUUCAUGAGGCAGAGAAUAUUCCUGUACAUCUUCCUAACAUCUUGGCACUCAAAGAUGCUCUUUCCAAAGCUCGAGCAUGGAUUGCAGAUGUGGAUGAAAUUCAGAAUGGUGACCACUAUCCUUGUUUGGAUGACUUAGAAGGAUUAGUGGCUGUGGGCAGAGAUCUUCCUGUUGGAUUAGAGGAAUUGAAGCAGUUGGAGCUUCAGGUACUUACAGCCCACUCUUGGCGGGAGAAGGCUUCCAAAACAUUUCUCAAAAAGAAUUCUUGCUACACUCUUCUUGAGGUAUUGUGUCCAUGUGCAGAUGCUGGUUCAGACAUCAUGAAACGGAAUCGAUGGAAGAAAAAGGAGCUAGGACUAUAUAAAUCAGACACAGAACUUUUGGGUUUGUCUGCUCAGGACCUCAGAGAUCCAGGUUCAGUGAUCUUGGCCUUCAAGGAGGGUGAGCUGAAGGAAAAGGAAGGCAUCCUUCAUCUUCGUCAUGCCAACAUGACUAAGUCUUGCCCAUCGUCACUUAUAUCUAAUGAUGUCACACCCUCAUCUUGUUUGUGUGGGCUGGCACCAGUGGGUGAGGGGACUAUACAAUGUGACUUAUGUCAGGAUUGGUUCCAUGGAAAAUGUGUGUCAACCCCUCGACCCAAUUCACCCCGACUACUGAACCCUAUGUCCUCAGUCACUCUGGCAUGGUGGGAAUGGGAUACGAAAUUCUUGUGUCCACUUUGCAUGCGCUCCCGCCGUCCUCGUCUAGAAACUAUUUUGGCUCUUCUGGUGGCCCUACAGAAGUUGCCUGUGCGGCUACCUGAAGGUGAAGCCUUACAGUGCCUCACAGAGCGAGCUAUUGGCUGGCAGGGUCGAGCACGUCAGGCUUUGGCCUCCCAUGAUGUAGCAAUGAUGAUGGCUCGUCUAUCAGAAUUACGACAGUGGCUUCAGCAACCAACUGGACCACCUCCUGGGACUGCCUGUGCCCAGUUCUUUGCUCCAGCACCAGUUCCAAUAAGAGAGAAUAUCAGCAGCGAAUCCAAGCUUAAGUUAUCUUUGGAAAAUGGAGAUGGUACCACAAAGCUCAAGAAGACUGGCCCUGUGGGGCUCUCAGAUCUUGAUAUGCUCUUAUCACUGCUGCCACAGUUGAAUGGUCCAGUGCUAGAGCUGCCUGAGGCAGCACGGGCUCCCCUAGAGGAACUAAUGAUAGAAGGAGACCUUCUUGAAGUGACCCUGGAUGAGAAUCACAGCAUUUGGCAGUUGUUGCAAGCUGGUCGUCCUCCAGAUUUGACACGUCUCCGUACUCUGCUUGAACUAGAGAAAGCAGAACAGAGUGGAACCCGGAUCCGGGGUCGAGCAGUGGAAAAACGUCAUCGUUCAAAGGCAGAAAAAAGUGGUGAAUUCAAAGAUGUAUCCAAGGAACAGCAGGAGCCAAAGAGAACUCGUCCUAGAGUAGAAGUGAGUGAAGAAACCAGGAACGAUCCUGAAGAGGACAUAGUCAUGGGACUUAAUAGGGAUGUUGCUACUUCAACAACAGUUUUGACUAAGAACAGUAGUCCAAACAGAGUAGAGGUGAGGUCAGGGAGCUGAGGGGUUAAGUCAUCUGCCUGUUUCUCUGGUAUAUGUUUAUUACCCUUUUCCUCUUGUUUGUUCCUCUGUUCUUCUAAGUAGGAUUUGUAAUCUGUAACCAGACAAAUAACUUCACCCUCCUAUCCCUACCAGAAGACUCACUUCAGAACAAGGUGAUAAAAAUAGAGAAUAAGGAAGACAUAUACUCAGAACCCCAACCCUCAGUCUCUUCAUUUGCCUUUGAUUCUAUGAUUCAACCUGUUCAGACCUCAACAUACAUUAGGCUAAAAAAAGGGAAAGAUUCUUUUAUCAGAAUUUUGUUUUGGCUUCUUUCACUUUUUCUUGCUUUGGCAACAAUGUUAUUGUUCCAGAAAGAGGGAAGUUUUAUUUAGAUAAUACUACAUGGGCCAGGAGCUAUGUAAAAUGUAAAUGUUCCUCUCACAUAGGGCUUAUUGAGGCAUGUAUUCAAUUUCCCUUCCUGUUCUUUUACCUUUUAUAGUCUAAUCUCUCUAUCUAAUGCUACCUUAUCUAAUUCUGUGUCCUAUUUUCCUUCAAAACUCUCUAUUUUAUGUACCAGGAAAGAUGUAAGCAAAGAAAUCUUUAUUUCAUGACUUGGUAACUUGCUAAUUAGAAAAUCUUGCCAACUUAUUCUCUCCUCUUCCUUCCCUUCUUUCUGCUUCUUUCUCUUAUAAUUCUUAAUAUAUUCACCUAACUCUGGAUUAUUCAUAUCUAGUACAAGUACCCAUUGCUGGAAUGUGAUUAAUUUGUUCAAAGAAAAUAUCCUGCCAUAGGAAACCCUUUGUUUUUGAGAUUGCCCAUUUUAAUUUAAUUUUAUUAUUUCCCCCAUAUUAGGAAUAAAAGAAAAGGGUUUUUGUUUGCCAUUUGUUUAUCAUUAUCACCAGCAGUUCUCUGGACCUAAGGUAUAAGUACAACAAAAUUGGCAGGGAACAGAAAGGAAGAUUAGGUGCCCUACAGUGAUAGACACUUAGGAAACCAGUUCUGCCUAGCUCUGCUAUCAACUUACGGUUUGACAUAUGGUGAGUCCAUCCUUAUUCUCUAAGCUCCGGUUUUUAUAUCUGUACAAUAAAAGAAUUUGAAUUUACAAAAAACCCAGAAAA